GAGUGGUGUGUGAUUAUUUUUCCAGUCAGCUGCAAGCACUGGACCUGGAGCCCAACGAACUCACAGCCAAGCGAGGCAGUUGAUAAAUGAGAAUCAAAUCAGAGGGAAAACAAGUGCCGUAUAUAAAUAUAGAUUUGCUUUUAGUAAUAUAAGUUUCAGUUGGCUCAGUAAUGUCCGAAACAUCGACGUCUGGCCGCUCUCAUUCCGAAGAUCUUUCUAGGUCGUCCCAUAUGCUCCGCCAGUAACAACUGUCGCCUGCAAGAGAUCUUGAAGGCUUGUGCCAACAUUCAGUCACUGGAAUCGCUGUCUCCGUGCGCUCAGCUGGACAACGACAUAAACGACACGUACGCCACGGCAGAGAAUAUGAUUACUCCCGAUCCGUACUCAUUCAAUGGAUUUAUAUCGAAUAGCACCUGCGGUAGCGAAGAUGGCUUCACCGACAUCGUUCUCGAGGAGGACAAUCGCGUCUCAUUAGCGUACGAAAAUCUGUGCACCAUUCCACGAAGACUAGCCGAUAAGUUUGCUGCACACGUCAAGUUCCUCGAUCUCAGCUACAACAACUUCCGGAACCUAAAGUUUCUUAUGUUUUUUGAGGAACUGCACACGCUCAUACUGGAUCGCAAUAGUAAUUUAGAUGUGAAUACCUUCCCCUAUAUGCUCAACUUGAAAAUUUUAUGGAUAAAUAACUGCGAUAUUUGCAACAUAACAGACUGGAUUCACCGAAUAGAGCGACACUGCCCCGCGCUCGAGCAGCUUUCCUGCAUGGGCAAUCCAGGUAUCCAGACGGCGUUCAAAAAUCAUGGCCCUGGCUCACCCACCACCUAUGCUCGCGAAUAUAUACUCCAAGUUCUACCCAAUCUCAAAUUCGUGGAUGGUAUUUCGCGUUAUUCAUUCAGCAGCCGAGAUUCGAAAACAGAGCUUGACAAGCGAUAUCUUACAGCAGCAGGAGGACCCUCGUCUUCGUGUGUCUCUAUGACAGGACAGGGUAACGAAGAGUCGACCAGCGCGUCUGAAAAGCCAAAGAGUACCUCACCCACGCUCAGCUUCAAGGAGCUCUUUCGACUCAAGUCUGCCAAAAAGGCGAAGAGUCCGGGUGGUUCUUCGUCCAACUGAUAUGCAUACAAAUAUCCACAUAUAUA